UUAAAGGAUAUAAAUCUUUUUCCAAGGAAGCCAGCAAAAUUAUCGUCCACUGAAAGUGAUCUCAAAUGUUAUUCUUUGUUUUAUAUUACGAAAGCCGGUGUGGCCUCUUAGGGUCACGUUUGAUCUUGUUUAUUCACUGGUCUCAGCCGACUGUGGGCAGCACACUCAGCAUGGGGGUGCUGUGGUCAGCUGGGAGGGGACCUACACGUGACCCUGUCCUCAAGACCUCUUGGCUGGGGAGGAGGGCAGCCAUGGGGUUGAUGUGAAAGGUGUAAAAGGGAAGGUGGUGGGUGACAGCAAGACGGGCAGGUUUGGUCAUGCUCCAGGGGGUCCUGGUCAGAGGUAUGCUGGUGAAGGUUCCUCAGCCGAUUCUCAGCAGCGGUGGGCGAGGGAAGGGAAGCUCCGGUUUACAGCAUUUGCCUUGGUGUAAAUAUUCCCACCAUGACCCAUUUCAGGCUACUGACUUAUCACUGAAUGUGGAAUUGGUUAAUUCCAUGAUUGGUUGUUGAAUGCCUCCCAGAUGUUGCAUUACUGGCUCUCGCCAGCCUCAGCAUAUGGCUGACUUUGAGUCUUCUCUGCCGCCCAUUGAUGAGGCCAGAAGUCCCACUAUCAGAGGCUCAUCCUUCAAACUCAAGUUUGGUUCAUGUUGAAAAGGGGAGCUGGGGGAAAAGGGCCAGUUCUGUUACUGAGUCCAAGCUUGUACUGCUCCCCUGCACGACAGGGGACGAGGUGUUGGGCAAGGAAUAGCGAGUUUAUUCAGAAAGCCAGCAGGCCGAGAAGAUGGGGGACCCGUGUCCCAAAGAAUCAUCUUACCUGAGUUAUUAGAAUUCAGGCUUCUUUUAUACUAAAAGGGAAGCGGGGUGUGGCUGGUUGUUGCAGACCUCUUGGUACCAGCCAGACCUCGGUGGGGAUGUGAUAAUCCUUUGUUCCUGCAGCUGACCACGUGGGACUGGUCAGAUGUUCCUGUAAACCUUCCACAAGACAAAUGUUAUUUUCUGUUCUGCAAAUUUUUAUCUCUAUAUGAAUGAAAAGUGUUACGCCUUUAAUGGUCAAGCUUGGGAGGCAGAGCCUUGAGAAAGGGUUAUUAUGUAUAUUUCAGGCUGUAAGCAUCAUUCUUUUCCUGUUGGAUGAGACAAAGGUGCAGAGCCUGCAUGGCUAAGCCCAGGCAACAGAGCCAAUGUGGAGUCAGAGCUCCAGCCCUGGAUGUGUCCUCCCACCAUGGCCGCCACCGCCUCUCCUCUGACACCCACCGCCAAGGUGGCCAGCUCUGAGAACAGCAGCUCCUUCUAUGACUAUGAGUACUACCUGCACGACGUGGCCUUGAUGCUCUGCAGGAAGGACGAGGUGCUGUCGUUUGGCAGAGUCUUUCUGCCCCUCUUCUAUGGCCUGAUCUUUGUGCUGGGCCUGGGCGGGAACCUCCUUCUCCUAGUGGUCUUGCUCCGGUAUGUGCCUCGAAGGCGGAUGACCGAGAUCUAUCUGCUGAACCUGGCCAUCUCCAACCUCCUGUUUGUGGUGACGCUGCCCUUUUGGGGCAUCUCUGUGGCCUGGCAUUGGGUCUUUGGGAGUUUCUUGUGCAAGGUGGUGAGCACCCUCUACACCGUCAACUUCUACAGUGGCAUCUUCUUCAUCAGCUGCAUGAGCCUGGACAAGUACCUGGAGAUUGCUUGCGCUCAGCCCCACCACCGGCUGAGGACCCGGGCCAAGAGCCUGCUCCUCGCAGCUGCCGUGUGGGCUGUGGCCCUGGCUGCCUCCGUCCCCGACAUGGUCUUUGUGAGGACGCAUGAGAACGCCCCAGGCGUGUGGGACUGCUUUGCGGAUUUUGGGGGGCAUGGGACCAUCUGGAAGCUCUUCCUCCGCUUCCAGCAGAACCUCCUGGGGUUUCUCCUCCCCCUCCUUGCCAUGAUCUUCUUCUAUUCCCGCAUUGGCUCUGUCCUGGCCAGGCUGAGGCCCCCAGGCCAGAGCCGGGCUCUGAGGAUGGCCAUAGGCCUGGUGGUGGCCUUCUUUGUGCUGUGGUUCCCGUACAACGUCACCUUGUUUCUGCACUCGCUGCUGGACCUGCAAGUCUUUGGGGACUGCACGGUCAGCCAGCGCCUGGACUACGCGCUGCAGGUGACAGAGAGCAUCGCCUUCCUCCACUGCUGCUUCACCCCCGUCCUCUAUGCGUUUUCCAGCCGCCGCUUCCGCCAGUACCUCAAGGCUCUCCUGGCCACUGUGCUCCGACGACACCAGGCUCCUUACCUUGCCCAGGCCCCACCGUCCAGCUAUUCUGAGAGUAGCAGGCUCAGUGGCCAAGAAGAUAUAACUGGCAUGAAUGACCUCGGGGAGAGGCAGGCUGAGGGCUCCCCUGACAAGGGGGACGCGGGGAAGAAUUCAGCCUGAGUGGCCACACCGCCGUCCACGAGAGCAGAUGGGACCCAGCUCAGCUGCGCAUCCACCGAAGCCCUCCCUUCAGAGGUCUCAGUGACCGUGCUGGUAACCAGUCAGUUCUUGGUCCUCAGCCAUCAGCAGCGUUCGCUCUCUCCUGUCUUCUCCCUCCUCUUUCUCCACUGCCUGCCAGGACGCCACACUCGCUGGCCUGAAUGGCUGCCACAGUUUCCCAGCUGACCCCUGUGCUUCCUAUCCUUGUGCUCUCCUGUCAUCUAACCUACACCCAGCAGCCAGAGUAACCACAACACCCUCAGCCGUCUCUCCCAUCCCUCUUAGAGCAGCCCGAGGCCUGCCACCCACCAGACUGCCGCCUUCCCUGUGGCUCAGCUGGGGAAAUAUUAUUGCAAGAUUGUUUACUAUCACAGCCUUGAUGGUGGCUCCGGGGUCUGGCAGUCAGGAGGGGCUGGAGGUGCUCCACACAUGGGAGUCUGCGGGUGGGAGGCAGAGUGAGCACGUGUUCCUGGUGGUCCAGGAGCAUCUGCCUCCCUCUGCCUCCCACGCCCCCCUCUCAGGAGCCUUCAGGGCUCCCUAGACCCUGCACUACCCAGUCCAGAACCUUUGUCCAAUUUAAGGCUGGAGCUUUCACAAUUAGAAUCCCAUACACCAUUUCACCCUUGUACUCCUUCACCUCCCUUUUCAUUUCCUGGUUGCCACACCCAUUGUUCUUUCCUGCACGUUCCCGUCUUUGCUUUUGCGCUUUCCGGCUCCCUUAUGGAACAGGGAUCAUUUUCCAGCCAGGUAUCCCCUCACCCUUGUUGUGUAACUGAAUCCUACUUGCUCUGGGAAACCACUCCGGGGUCACUCUGCCCUGUGCUUUGGGUAGAGGUUGGGUAGAGCAUGGGUCUUUGACCAGUGACGACCUUAUGUUUCCCUGGCACAGUGAUUCAUUUAUGGAUGGGCACAUGACCCAGGCAGAGCUUGUGAAACGUAACUUGACUAGAGCAUGCUAGAACAGAGGCAUGAAACUGAAGCCAAGGGGAUGUGAGGUCUGGAGCUGCUCCUUCAUUGGUUCGAACUUCAGAAGGUGAGGUGACAGCAGUGAGUGAGCAGAUCCUGGGGGCAGCGCUCGAGCCCUAGAAUCAAGGCACGGCUGAAGCUCAUCCCAAGCCUGGACUUGACGGUGACAUGAACCAAUAAAUUCCUUUCCAGUU